AUGUCCCUAGCUAACAAUGCCGUAGCACCAGAAUCUACGACUGAGACUUCAAGUGUUCAGCCAGAUGAGCAAGAGAAAGCCGAGGAAGCCAUGGAAACUGCCGACCUGUCUGCCAGCAGCGACGUGGUAUCAGAUUCUGAAGCCACGACUGAUAGUGGCGAUGAGACUGAGACUGAGUCUGAGGCUCCGUCCGUGUCUGUGUCUGGGACUUCGACCGCGAGCAGCGGCGUGGUGGGUGCUGGUUCUGCUGGUGGUGGCCCUGCUUGCGGCUCUGGUGGGGCUCCUGGUGCCUUCGGUGCCUCCGGUGCCUCUUGUGGUUCGUCCAGUGGUGUUGGUGUUGGUGUUGGUCGGCCUCUGGUCCCAGAAGAGGAGGAGGAAGAAGAAGAAGAAGAGGAGGAGGAGGAGGGACCCGAGCGCAUCAACCUCGAUGAAGUUGACGGCCCGGUUGCGGAGCGACUCCGCGCCGGGCUCGCUCACUUGAGCGAGGUUCUGGAGGAAGUCGACGCCCUGGACGUCGCGAUCCCUCUGCUCCCCGGCUCACGGGGCCAUCCAGCAGCCAUGCGCGCCCGCGCGGAGGUCCUCGCAGCCAGCGAGGGCAUCUACGAGGGCGUUGGUUUGCUGUGGCGGUCCUUGGUCGAGGCCAGGGAGGUCGCCAACGAUGUCCAAGAGGGCAUCGUGGCGCUUCGAGACGAGUCCUUGCGCCUGGGGAUCGAGCUCAUCGAUUUCCAGAUCCAGGCUGGCGGGUGGAGAGAGCGCGCUCUCACCAGCGAGGCACGCCUUCGGGAUGCCGAGCUGGAGAUUGCCUCGCUCCGCGCCCGGCUUGGUGAGGAGAAAGAAGAGUGA